CCGCAGGGCGGGGCCGCAGGACGGCGGCGCGGAACGGCGAGCGCGGCGAGAGGGGAGCUGGGGCUCCGGGGCUCCGCCGCCGCCAUGGCCACCGUGGACCUGGAGAAGCUGCGGAUGUCGGGGGCCGGCAAGGCCAUCGGCGUGCUGACCAGCGGCGGCGAUGCGCAAGGUAUGAACGCUGCUGUCAGGGCUGUGACUCGCAUGGGCAUAUAUGUGGGGGCCAAAGUCUUCCUCAUCUAUGAGGGCUACGAAGGUCUUGUGGAAGGAGGUGAGAACAUCAAACCGGCCACUUGGCUUAGCGUCUCCAACAUCAUCCAGUUGGGUGGCACCAUCAUCGGCAGUGCCCGCUGCAAGGCCUUCACCACAAAGGAGGGACGCCUGGCAGCGGCCUACAACCUAGUCCAGCGUGGCAUCACCAACCUGUGUGUCAUCGGUGGGGAUGGUAGCCUCACGGGCGCCAACAUCUUCCGCAGCGAGUGGCCCAGCCUGCUGGAGGAGCUGGUGAAGGAAGGUAAGAUCUCAGAGUCCACAGCUCAGACCUACGCGCACCUGAGCAUUGCUGGGCUGGUGGGCUCCAUCGAUAAUGACUUCUGUGGCACUGACAUGACCAUCGGCACAGACUCGGCACUGCACCGCAUCAUGGAGGUCAUUGACGCCAUCACUACCACUGCCCAGAGCCACCAGAGGACCUUUGUACUGGAGGUGAUGGGGCGUCACUGUGGGUACCUGGCACUGGUGUCUGCGCUGGCCUCGGGGGCCGACUGGCUGUUCAUCCCUGAGGCACCCCCUGAGGAUGGCUGGGAGAACUUUAUGUGUGAGAGGCUGGGUGAGACGCGGAGCCGGGGUUCAAGACUAAACAUCAUCAUCAUUGCUGAGGGGGCCAUUGAUCGGCACGGGAAGCCCAUCUCGUCCAGCUACGUGAAGGACCUCGUAGUCCAGAGGCUGGGCUUCGAUACUCGAGUAACUGUGCUGGGCCACGUGCAGCGUGGAGGGACACCCUCAGCUUUCGACCGUAUCUUGAGCAGCAAGAUGGGCAUGGAGGCCGUGAUGGCACUGCUGGAGGCCACGCCUGACACGCCAGCCUGCGUGGUCAGCCUCUCCGGGAACCAGUCUGUGCGCCUGCCACUCAUGGAGUGUGUGCAAGUGACAAAGGAUGUGCAGAAGGCCAUGGAUGACAAGAGGUUUGACGAGGCCAUCCAGCUCCGAGGCAGGAGCUUCGAGAACAACUGGAAAAUUUACAAACUCCUUGCCCACCAGAAGGUCUCCACGGAGAAGACCAACUUCUCCCUGGCCAUCCUGAACGUGGGAGCCCCCGCAGCUGGCAUGAAUGCAGCUGUGCGCUCCGCAGUACGCACUGGCAUCUCCCAGGGCCACACGGUGUAUGUUGUGCAUGAUGGCUUCGAAGGCCUGGCCAAAGGUCAGGUGCAAGAAGUGAGCUGGCAUGAUGUAGCCGGCUGGCUGGGGCGUGGCGGCUCAGUGCUGGGGACCAAGAGGACGCUGCCCAAGAACCACCUGGAGGCCAUCGUGGAUAACCUCCGCACCUACAAUAUCCAUGCCCUGCUGGUCGUUGGGGGCUUUGAGGCCUACGAGGGGGUGCUGCAGCUCGUAGAGGCACGGGGACGCUAUGAGGAGCUCUGCAUCGUCAUGUGUGUCAUCCCGGCCACCAUCAGCAACAACGUGCCUGGCACUGACUUCAGCCUGGGCUCAGACACAGCCGUCAAUGCUGCCAUGGAGAGUUGUGACCGCAUCAAGCAGUCGGCCUCAGGGACAAAGCGCCGUGUGUUCAUUGUUGAGACCAUGGGGGGCUAUUGCGGCUACUUGGCCACUGUGACGGGCAUUGCUGUGGGCGCUGAUGCCGCCUACGUUUACGAGGACCCUUUCAACAUUCACGAUUUAAAGGCCAAUGUGGAGCACAUGACAGAGAAAAUGAAGACAGACAUCCAGAGGGGUCUGGUGCUCCGGAAUGAGAAGUGCCAUGAGCACUACACCACGGAGUUCCUGUACAACCUGUACUCGUCAGAAGGCAAGGGUGUGUUUGACUGCAGGACCAAUGUGCUGGGCCACCUGCAGCAGGGUGGUGCUCCAACUCCCUUUGACCGGAACUAUGGGACCAAGCUGGGGGUGAAAGCCAUGAUUUGGAUGUCAGAGAAGUUGCGGGAGGUCUACCGUAAGGGGCGGGUGUUCGCCAAUGCCCCAGACUCAGCCUGUGUGGUUGGCCUACGGAAAAAGGCAGUGGCCUUCAGCCCAGUCACAGAACUCAAGAAAGAUACUGAUUUUGAGCACCGCAUGCCCCGGGAGCAGUGGUGGCUGAACCUGCGACUGAUGCUGAAGAUGCUGGCGCACUACCGCAUCAGCAUGGCGGACUAUGUGUCAGGGGAGCUGGAGCAUGUCACGCGCCGCAGCCUGAGCAUGGAUAAGGGCUUCUGAGGCCUCACCACCCUGCCUGCCUCCCUGGACUCUCUCCUUCCAGCAGUGGUCACAGCCUCUGGCAUGGAAUGGAGCCUGUGGCAGGGGUCGGGAGGUCUCCUCUGCUGCUCAAAGGCUCUCCUCCCCCAGCUGCCCAUCAGGCCUCCUGGCAAGCUGCCUGCAGGACAGAGCACCGAGGCCCCCACCUUCUAGCCCUGGCUGAAUGUAUUCACACUGCCCCUCCCCCUUACUGGCCAGCUGGCUGCCUCAGCACGUGGUUCAGCAGAGCCUCACCUUUUCUAGAAAUAAAGUCACCCUGACUAGA